GAGGGCCCGCUCUUCCCUACAAAAUCGCCGUGCUUCAUACUUUGUCGCUAUUAUUCGGUGUCGCUUUAUUAGCGGAUACUUAAUUUGGCUAAGAACGACUGUAUCUUAGCCUUCGCCCGCUUCAUUUUCGGAUAUCAGCCUACCUUUGAUAUUGCCCACACUGAUCAAUCCCCGAAAAUGUUACCCCUAGGACUGCUCACGGCCGCCCAGGGCCAUCCAAUGCUCGUGGAACUUAAAAACGGCGAAACGCUGAAUGGACAUCUUGCCAAUUGCGAUAACUGGAUGAACUUAAUACUCAAAGAGGUUGUUCAGACCAGCCCAGAGGGUGAUCGGUUCUUCAGACUGCCGGAAGUCUAUAUCAGAGGAAACAAUAUCAAAUAUCUACGGAUCCCUGAAGAGAUUAUAGAGAUGGUCAAGGAACAACAGCAAAAUCAGCCUCCGAACCGCAAUCGUGGUGGACACUCUCACCGGGGCGACAGAGGUGAUCGGGGAGGCCGUGGUGGACGUGGACGUGGCCGCGGCCGCGGCCGAGGUGGCAGUUAAAGAUAUGCCCAGAACGUGAUAACAAGCGGCGUGAGAGAAAGAUAGAUACCCCGAGGAGAUGAUGUAGGUAAUUCAUGAGGUCCGUUGGGCGGGUUAGUCGAGCAUGAUCCUGGCGUAUCUGGCUCUUGUUUUUUUUUUUUUUUUU